CAGCUCCACGCCCCGCUGACGGACGGACGGUUCGACUAGGCUCCUUGGUCUGAAUUCGUUUUUUCUCCAGGUCUUUAAACACAGGCUGUGAAGGAAGAACACCAUGUUGGCAUCAAGAGCUCUGCUGGCGAAACAGGUAGCGGCUGUCCUCACCCGCCAGCCGGCGUGCCUGGCUCACCAAGGAGACUGGGGUAACUGGGGCAACACCAACGUCGCAGUGGUGUUCUCUGGCUGUGGAUGGUGGGAUGGCACAGACGUUCAUGAGGCAGCAUACACGAUGUACCAUCUGAGUCGGAAUGGGGCUCGGUUCCAAAUGUUCGCCCCCAACCAGCAGCAGAUGCACGUCAUGGAUCACAUGAGGAUGCAGCCCAUGUCAGGAGAGAACAGGAACAUGAUGAUGGAAGCGGCUCGCUUUACUCAUGGGAAUGGGAAGAUGCAGAUGCAUGAUCUCUCCAAGCUGGAUGUCAACAGCUUUGAUGCCAUCAUCUUCCCAGGAGGCUAUGGGAUUACCAAGAAUCUGUCCACCUUCAGCAACGACGGAAAGGACUGCAAGAUUAACAACGAUGUGGAGAGGGUCCUCAAGGAGUUCCACCGAUCUCGCAAGCCUAUUGGCCUGUCAUGCAUGGCCCCUUUGCUUGCCUGCCGCGUACUGCCAAGCCUGGAGGUCACCAUGGGUCACGAGAGAGACGAGAGCAGCCGCUGGGGCCGCUGGCCUCAGACCAGCAUGGUGCAGGCCGUCAAGAACAUGGGUGCCCGUCACAACAUCCGUGAGCCUUACGAGGCCUAUGUGGAUGAGAAGAACAAGGUGAUCAGCACCCCGACUUUCAUGUGGGAGACCGACUACCACUACCACUACAUCUUCGAUGGCAUUGGCAACAUGGUCAAGCACGUGCUGCGCAUGUGCGCAAAGUAACACGUGUGCACGGAAAGAACAAAGAAGUGAGAUAGAGGGUAAAGGAAAGAGAAUCAUGCCUGCAGGGGAAUGUUUUGACUCUUGGCUUCUGUUUUGCACACAAUAACAGCAAUUCGCCUUAAGCCACCAGUCCAUCUCUACGUCAGUCUUUCAGUGCGUUGGUCAUCCUCCACGGCUGCAUAUCAGUCAGGUGUCAAAACCUUUUCUGUCAGAUGAUUUACUUUUCUUUUAGAUUACUGUGAUGUGCCCUGAUUUUAGAAAUGACCUAAUGUGCAGUGUUAAUAAACCGUGAAGAGGAAGGCAGA